GCCUCCGCGCUUCCUGCAGCCCGGGAUGUGCGCGAUGAACGCGGUUCGCCGUCAAACAAAAUAACAGUGCAGCUCCGAAGGAUGAAAGGGCUGCAAAAGCCGGCGGGGAUUCAGUGAUCCGGCGCUCAUCAAGGCCGAUUCGGACGGCGGAGCAAAGUAUAAGCCUGGAGUAGCCAUGUCGGACAGCAUAUCCUUGCCGUCCUACACAGACUAUCCCCUCGACCUACCUUUCCUCAAUUCUAACCUGCGCCGAUCCCCCGCAAAGCCCGUCAACGCAUACCCCGAAAGCAGCGGGGCAGCGAUCCUCUCGGCACUGAGGAACCUGCAAGAGAAGAUCCGCCGGCUGGAGAAGGAGCGGGCAGAGGCGGAGAAGAAGCUGCAGCACCUGAGCAGGGAGGCGUCACGUUCGCGGGGGGCGCUGGAGAGCAGGGCGGAGAACGGCGGCAGGGGCAGAGUGACGAGCCAGGAACUGUCCUCGCAGCUCGCCGCUGCAGAGUCGCGCUGCAACCUGCUGGAGAAGCAGCUGGAGUACAUGAAGAAGAUGGUGAGGAACGCGGAGAGCGAGAGGACAGCCAUGCUAAAGGAGCAGGUAUCAUUAGAGAAGGAAAAGGCGACCAGUCACACCGAAGUUCAGGUCAGGUUUGAGAAGCUAGACCUGCUGGAGCAGGAGUACCUGAAGCUGAUGAAGACCCAGAGUCUGGCUGAGAGCAAGAUUCGUCAUCUGGAGCAGAAGCUGAGGGAGGAAGAGCACCAGCGGAAGCUAGUGCAGGACAAGGCCGCGCAGUUACAGACGGGCCUGGAAGCCAACCGGAUCCUGCUGGAGUCUGUGUCUCCUCGACCAAGCAAAGCUCCAAAAAAAAGGAAGAAGUCGACCAAGGGGGGCACCUCGAAGCCCCUGCAGCAUCAGCAUCAUUCCCGUCCGCAGCCCCAUUACAGACUGUGUCUUGGGGACGUGCCCUUUGUGGCAGGGACGUCGACGGGCACCAGCCACUCCGUUCGCGCCAAUGUCCAGCAUGUGCUACACCUCAUGAAGCAGCACAACCGGCAGCUGUGCAACGACCGCGUGCUCAGUGACACGCCAAUGGCCGGGAAGUCCCAGGCCAGCCGGAGGAAGUCUGCUGCCUGUCACUCAACAGGUGGCUCCGCCUCUUCCUCCUCCUCCUCCUGUAGCGACGAGCUCUCGGAGCUGCUGCUGACCCUCCAGGAUGAGUUCGGCCAGAUGAGCUUUGAGCACCAGGAGAUGGUGAAGCAGAUCCAGGAUGCACGUUCCGACCGACUGCGGCAGGACCUGGAGAGGGAGCUGGAGGGCCUGGUGAAGAGGAUGGAGAGCAAGGGGGAGCAGAUCGGGAAGGUGCGGCGGCACCAGGCGCAGGUGGCGAAACUCUGGAAGGAGACGAGGGGCAGGCGGAGGCGGGACAGCGAGGUCAGGGUGACCACCACAGUGACGACACGGGGGCGGGCUGCGGAGGCGGCGGAGGCGAAACCUGGGGACCGCAGCAGGGACAGCCUGCAACUGCUAAAGGACAUGCGAAGCCUGCAGACGUCACUGCGGAGGGAGCAGAUCAGCUGGGACCACUGAGGAGGGGUGGGGUGGUCUGGAAACCAGCAUUAAGGAUGUGACCUUGGCUGUUUACAUUCCUGCAGGGUGGUUAUUUUUUGCCCACUCGUUACCACCAGGGGGCAGGAGUGCUAAAGGCGGGGGGUGGUGGUAUAUAUAUAUACAUAUAUAUGUAUUUUAACUCUGCUGGGAAAUCUGGGGAUUUAGUGAGUUAUAAUGGAGUGUGUAAGCUCUGGGUACGUCCCCCCAGGACAGAGAAUCACAAGCCUGCGCUUUUAACACGUCCUUUUGUCAGCAUCAGCUGAAAUUCCAAAUGUUUACUUUUGCAUAAUUGCUGUCAAUCGUACCAAUAAAUAUUUAUUUUUUAA